UCCACUCUUAAAAAUACAAGAUGUUUAGAAUUCUUGCAUCACUUUAACUGAAAGUUUGUAAAAAUCGUCAUAAUGAAACUUUUAUUUUUAAUGUUUUUGGGCAUAACGGCAUUAAAUGCAACUCCUUCAAAGAGAUUUACACAAAUUGAGGAACAUCAAGGAGUUCGUAUAAUUGGGGGUCAGACUGCUCACACCCUUCAAUUUCCAUAUGCCGCUGCUAUUUAUGUUCAAACACCCACACUUAAACAUUUUUGUUCGGGAACUCUUCUUUCAAAUCAAUGGAUUUUGACAGCUGGUCAAUGCGUUGAUGGUGCGAUUUUAUUUCAAAUAUUCUUAGGAUCAAUUAGUUUGAAAACAAAUGAUCCUGGACAAAUUGAAGUUGCUACAUCCAAUUUUGUUCUUCAUCCUGAAUAUAAUCCUAUGACUUUACAGAAUGAUAUUGGGCUUAUUGAGCUUCGCAUGCCUAUUACUUUUACAGACUAUAUUAGACCCAUUGAUCGUCUACCCUUGUCUGCAUUACCAGAUUAUGUAACAGUAUCAACAUUUGGUUGGGGACAAACCAGUGAUGAGGAUGCUGGUCUUUCUAACGAUCUCCAAUGGGUCAAUGUGGUCACAAUUCAUAAUACUGAAUGUAAACUUACUUACGGAAAUCAAAUUACUGAGAAAAUGGUUUGUGUUGAUGGAAAUUUUAAUGAAGGACUUUGCUAUGGUGAUAUCGGCAGCUCUUUGAUUCAGUAUUACAGCACUGGUCAUGCAAUUCCGGUUGGUAUCGCAAGCUUUUUCAGCUCUAACGGUUGCGAAAGCACAGAUCCUUCAGGAUUUACUAGAACUUAUCCUUACAAUGACUGGAUUAGAAAUGUAACAGGCUUUAAUCUUUUCGAUUAUUGUUGCAGACUCGUCUUCACUGAAGUAACAAUGAAGUUAAUUUUAAUCUUCAUUCUCUUUACAUCAAUCAAAAUGACAAGAACUGAUAUUAGUUCACGUAUAAUUGGAGGUUUUCCUGCAACCAUUCACCAAUACCCUUUUGCUGCAGCUAUUGAUGUUCACACUUCCAGCAGUAAACACUUUUGUGGAGGUUCUCUUUACACCAAUCAAUUUAUUCUUACUGCAGGUCAAUGCGUCAACGGUGCAAUUUUGUUUACAGUUUAUUUAGGUUCAGCAAACAGAUCAGACCCCAACAUCCAAACGGUGGCAGCUUCUGAAUACAUUCUGCACCCUGAUUACAAUCCUCAAACUUUAGACAAUGAUAUCGGUUUGAUAAAACUACGAAUGCCUGUCACAUUCACAGAUUCUAUCAAGUCUAUCAAUUACUUGGCUAUUGAACCUUUGCUUCAAGCCCACAAAGUAAGAGCAAUUGGGUGGGGGCAAACUAGUGAUGAAAGUGCGCAAUAUUCUGAUGUGCUGCAGUACGUAUAUGUGGCUCCUAUAACAAAUGAUAACUGCAAAGAGGUAUACGGAUCACAAAUUACUGACAAUAUGGUGUGUGUUGAAGGAAAUUACAACGAGGGAGCGUGUCAUGGCGACACUGGAAGUCCGUUAAUAGAUAUCUUUAACAUUUAUUAUACCGUCCACGUUGGAAUUGCUAGUUUUGUCAGUGGAAAUGGCUGCGAGAGUACUGAUCCAUCGGGAUACACACGAACAUACAAUUAUGUUGACUGGAUUAAAAAUGUAACAACAAUUUAGGCAUAUUUGCAUUAAUUGGGUACAAGUAUUUCAAAGUUAAUGUGUGUAUGAAAAAUAAAUAAAUAAAUAAAUACUUUCACAAAUUAA